CCGCCAGCUGGGGCUUUCCCCGGAGGAAGCGAGAGGAGGAGCCACCUUCGUACCUCAAGUGGGUGCCUUUCAAAGGCAAGCUGCCCGCCGAUGCCGUCUCCAACUGGAACGGCUACACCAAGAAGAUGGAGUACAUCUGCUUGACGCGGGUGCUCGGCUGCAACACCGGCGCCUACGUCCCCGACCGAGGUCCCUUCUGCUUCUUCCCCUACGGGGAACGGGAGUGGAGCACCCGCAACUUCAAGGUGUUGGUCAACGUGGGAGGCUUCGAGGCGCUGGCUUGGGUGGAUGAAUCCUUCGGCAGCGUGCCCGAAAACGCCGUGGAGGCCUGCCCAUCCGUCGAGCUCUUCGUCGGGAGGAACCGCUACGGUUUGGGCAAGGUCUCCAAAGACCAGAGGGCUUUUUUCGUGGUGGUGGGUGGCCAGGAGGUUUGGUACAAGUGGUACCAAGUCUUGGUGGUCAGGAAGGGCCCGGCAGACGUCACCGUCUCCGACGUCCGCUACAACAUGAGCGGGGCGGUGGAGCGCGGGGAGAACGUCACCCUGGCGAAGACCACGGUGGAGAACGCGGGCUGCCGAGGGGCGCGGAAAGCCGUCGCCUGGGAGCAGGACACGGAGACGGAGCACGACUGGGAGAUCGACCAGAGGGUCUUCGCCACCAUCCGUGGGGUGCUGCAA